UCUCCCCAGUGCCAGCUCAGCUUGCCCUGUCCUUGCUUGGCUGCCUCUUUCCAGACCCAAAUCGCUGCCAAGCCCCUGCUGCAGUCCCCCAACCCCGAGUUGCUGCUCUCCUGGGGCCCCUACCUGGCUUCUGCCAUCUCAGAUGUCUUUUGGUGAAGGUGAAUGUCUGAAAAACAUCCUCAUCUCAUGGACCAAAGGGAAUCUGGGCUGGGACUGACCAUCUGAAGAUCAGCCCUGCUCUCACAGCUGGAAGGAACCUGCCUUGCCUCGAGCCCAGUGACGCACCAAUGAGCCAGGCCAGCCAGAGGCUGCAACUAAACCCCAUCACAGCCACAUGGUGCUGGGCCCCCUCAACCCCCCUGCGAUCCCAGACGGAGUUUGCAAGACCCCUUGCAGCUGACAGCGUGCUCUCAGAGCUUCGGAGGCAGAGCAGGGGCACCCGGGAUUGAAGGGAAGGAUGGGCUAAGGAAAGCAGCCCCCUGCACUUGACACUGAAUAGAGAUGUCCUGCUAUAAAAUAAUGGAAGAAUUUUAUUCUUUGCCAAAACACUGAAUCCUUCCUUCUUCACACAAGCCUCCCGAGUGUUGAUCUGUUGGCUCUGAAUUGCAAGGAGCUGCCUUUGAAUCCAGCAGCUCGGAGGCUUGUUCUUUUAAGGAUGCCUGACCCACUAAACCCCCCCCCCCCAGUUGAUGGGCUGUUACCUGGGCCCCUGCAGCAUCUACCCCAAGAGUCGUGGCCAGACCUGCCCUUGCCUCAACCCUCUUGAAAGGAAGAGAGGGGAAGAGCCCUCCCAAACCCCAGGGCGACAUGGAGCCAUCGCUUUCCCCAUCUCCGCUUCUUGCAUUCGUGCUGCUUAAAGCCAAGAGGUGGCUGGACACAAAUUGCACCCCUGGACAUGUUGUGGGUACCACAGCUCCACGGGAGCCCGGCUGAGUUGUUCUCCGUGACAGGCAGCAAAGUCUCCGUGGUGCAGCAAAGGCCCUUCGCCGGCUCCAGCACAGCCCAGCGAUACCCAGGUGAUUGCUGGAGCUUCGUUAUCUGCCGUAAUUCGCAGCAGAACGAGGGCACCAGAGGCACUGUGAGGACUGGCUUCCAGAAGCUGAUGGGAGGAAGAGGAGACAGGGAGGAGAAGCUGGGAGUGGACGUUUUUCAGCCAAAAGCUCACUUGUCACUAGAAGUCAGUGGCGUUCCCAGGGGGAAAUACAGGUUCCAGCUACACCCUGGGCUGUGCCAGCGCCUCUGCCCAGCUCCCACGGCCGGCUCGGCAUCAGAGGAUGCUCAGGACUGUCCGUGCUGGGACAUGAAGGGGGAGAGUCUCCUCAAACCUGCCGCCUGGGACCCCGGUGGGCAUGGGGACACUCGCCAUCACUACCCUGCACCCUGCAAGGAGCUGGGUGCCCUCACCCCCAAGGCCUCCCACCUCACUCUCUGCAGACCAGGGAGGCAUCGAGCUCGCCGCCCAGCCCCGGCAGCGUUGGGCCCUGCCUGGUGCCCCCCCGGACAGGCUUUUCUGCAGGAUCUGGCCGGCGGCAUCUCCACGGAUCAAGUGCCUACGGAGGGAAUCACACGCCGUCACCUCCAGCGUGGCUGCAAUGCCCGUGGAGCCCAUCUGAAACCUGUUGCCUUUCGCUCCCUCCCUCAGUGUGUAGCAGCCUUGCCACAUUUCAGCAGGUUUCUUUUUUGUGUCUGUAUGUCUGGUUGGGGAGACAGGAGGGAAAAUGGUGUCGGGGACCGUGAACACUCCCCAGUCUCUUCUCUCGGGGUCCCCAGCGUGGUGCUGCAGGUUUGCUGGCCGGGUGCCUCGGCACAGUCGUGUUCUCUGUUGCAGAAUUGUUGUUGUCCCAGUAAAUCACAGCCUGCUUGA